UUGCGCAAAUGAGAGCAUUCCUCAUUUAUGUAUAAAUUAAAAAACUGCUUUCCAAAAGACGAAGACUCUGGGCUGGAUGUAUUUUUUUUUAUUCAAUUCAAUCUAACUUUAUUUAACCCACCACAAUGAUCGCGAGAGCUACUUGCCAAACUUGACAUGCACACAUUGUGGAAAGAAAACCUUAUCAUCAGACUUGUAAGUUUGUUAGCAGCUCGUGGGUAAAUGUGUUAACGUUUGUUUUUAUCCGUAAGUGAGAGGCCUCUGUUUCCUCCAGCAUCCUUCGUGAGAGGUACUCCUCACUCACCGGAUAGCAGCUCCAACCCUGGGCAGAGGUGACCCCGCGUCAAGACAACCAACCGACAAGGGAACGGCGGAUAACCCGUCGGUUUUAAACAUGAACCUCAUUGGGAGUUACCAGCAUCACCAUCUGAUGCAUGACACGUUUCCAUUCGUCCAGAGGUGUCAUCAAGAAAACCCGUACUUCCAGAGCUGGGUGGUGAACCACGGCGAGGUACCUCCAGACUUCCAGAUCCAGACGCCCUACUCAUCCGAGUUUGGGGCUCCUGGCCCGGCGCACGACAGCCAGCUGGACGGCCUCUCGGCGCGGAUGGGGAAGAGGAGAGCUGCGGGACCGAAGAAGGAGCGACGGCGAACGGAAAGCAUCAACACUGCCUUCGCUGAACUGAGAGAGUGUAUUCCAAACGUACCAGCGGACACGAAAUUAUCUAAAAUCAAAACUUUACGACUGGCAACAAGUUACAUUGCCUACCUUAUGGACGUGCUGGCUAAAGAUACGGGAGAAACAGAAGGAUUCAAGGCCGAGAUCAAGAAAUAUGACAACAGAGAUUUAAAAAGGAAAAGGGAGAUGAACGAAGGUCUACAGGAGUCGCUAGGAAACGAGAAAAAGAUAAAAGGACGGACAGGCUGGCCUCAACAAGUGUGGGCUUUGGAACUGAACCAGUGAAGCCGAACAUCACUGAAACCCCACUCAUAGACUCGGUAUUCAAGCACUCGCUGCAAGGAAUACAACCACUUGCCCACAAACACACACACACACCUUUACGUGCAAUGUUGAAACACAUCAGCGGACGAGUGAGAGUAAACUUAUGCCUAUACAUGAACAAUUCAUGUUAAGAGAUUUAAUUAACUUUAUGACAUAGCAUGUAAGAACCUGUUGUAGGACGUCUUGUGCACGAACUGACGACAAAAUGUUGUGGUGUUUCUUUAGCCAACAGUGCUAGUCAACACCAUUUUAACGCCAUGUAAGGCAUGCAUUAUAGACUAUUGUCGUCGCCUAUGUCUUGCUUAGAAAAUGUGUUGAAUCUACCUCAAAUUAACGUUGCUGUUCGAUUGAAGUAGUACAUGAAUUUAUUAUAUAUUAAGACAUGAUCUAUUAUAUGAAAAUUAAACACAUUUCACUAUCAAAAGAGUGUCCUUUCAAAAGAAAAAUUAACAGGCCUAAUAUGGCAAACUGUAUUUCAUAAAUGUAUUAAUGGAAAUUGUGUCCCAGGUGAACAUUGUGUGAAUGAACUUUAUGCCUGAAUAAAUUAAUUAC